UCGGUUUUUUUCAGAAUAUUCAUAUAAGAUAAACUAAGAAUGGCGUUCAGGGGAAGUUAUUCAAAAUCAAUAUCCAAUCGAUUUCAAACUGUAUGGUCAAAGAUAAAUCAAAGUGUUUAGAGAAAUGUCUAACUGUUUAAAAUAUCUGAGGACAUCAAUUAUUUGCAAGAAUAAAAGAAAUAGCUAAGCCGUGUUCCCAACUAUAUUCUAUUCGAACCAAAAUUUGACGAGAAAUGAAUAAUGACUGGAACUGGACUUUUUGACGUUACUCAAAAUUUGGAUAAGCUGCAAUUCAUUAUAGCCUGAACAAGUUAUUGGUAAAAUUCAGUAGGUGAAUAAAUGUGAGAUAUGAGUUUGAAUGGAAAAUGAGUACCCAAAAGCACGGUUCGGAAUAUCUGAAGAGUUAUUCUGGAGUUCUGAACAUUUCAGAAGAAGUGCUGAAUUUGUCAGCGUUAAUUGCAGCCUUCAAUUGCGGAAAUGCUCAGAAAACAUUCCUGGUCAUCUUAGUAGCUGCCUUUGCUUUCCUUUCAACAGGUUUUUUUCUGAUAACACACCUGAUACCACGGUUCAAAAGUCUCGAAAUCCCAUGGCAUUGGAUUGAAUGUGGAAAUGCAUUUAUUUUGACAGGUACCUACUUGAUAUCAGCAUCGGUGGUUAUUUUGGAGUUGAUUGGACCAUUCGUAGUUACAGGGGUAUUGGGUUACAUUGCGACAAUGGCAUACCUUUUAGAUACCAUCGACAAGUUUCGUCUCGCAGUGACUCCAAGAGCAAGAUAUGUUUGGACUACACCAAAUAUGCCAGUAUGAACAGUUCACAGAAAAUUCAUAAAAUACUUAAACCCCAUCAAAUUUCUGAAAAUACUUACAUGACUUACGCUAGUUAUAAGAGAUGGUACUCUAAUGUCCAAAAUCAUUGCAAUGAAUAAGUGAAGAUAUGUUUUUCAUUAAAUGCUUCUCAAACACUGCUUUCCCACAGUGGAAUGCUGAAAGACCGUUUUUUUCUCUUUCAAUAAAAUUACUUUUUCAUUCAA